AUGGAUAUUUAUUUUGUUUUGGCUUCAUUUACAGAUAAAUUACAAAAUGGAAAUGAAAGUCUGAGCGAUCAUUUGUCUAAUAAUUUUUUGUACGCUUCAAGUGAUAUGACAAAUCCUGAUGCUUCGCGACAAGCGUAUACGGACGCACAAGUACCUUCAACUAGCAAUGCACUGGUACUUUCAUCAAAACAAUCUGCAGCAAAUCAACUACUACCACGAAAAACAACGAUGAUGCCAAAACCUCAAUGGCAUGCACCAUGGAAAUUGAUGAGAGUUAUCAGUGGUCACCUUGGAUGGGUUCGAUGUGUUGAUGUCGAACCGGCUAACGAAUGGUUCGUGACUGGGGCUGCUGAUCGUGUUAUUAAAGUACUUGUUUUUAAAAUCUGGGAUUUGGCUAGUGGUACGUUGAAACUAUCGUUAACUGGCCAUGUUUCUACAGUACGUGGAGUUGCUGUUAGUACUCGUCAGCCAUAUUUAUUUUCGUGUGGUGAGGAUAAACAAGUAAAAUGUUGGGAUUUGGAAUAUAACAAGGUUAUUCGACAUUAUCACGGACAUUUAAGUGCUUGUUAUGCAUUGGCUCUCCAUCCAACGUUAGAUAUUCUUGUUUCUUCUGGUCGUGAUUCUGUAGCACGUGUUUGGGAUAUGAGAACAAAAGCUCAAAUUCAUUGUUUAACUGGUCAUACAAAUACUGUUGCCGAUGUCAAAGUUCAAGCAGCCGAUCCAGAAAUUGUAACUGGUAGUCAUGAUAGUACGAUACGUUUUUGGGAUAUUGUUGCAGGACGAACUUAUUGUACUUUAACACAUCACAAGAAAAGUGUUCGAUCAUUGGCAAUCCAUCCAAAAUGGUAUACUAUGGCUUCAGCCUCUCCUGAUAAUAUUAAAGAAUGGAAAUUUCCAAAAGGAGAAUUUAUACAAAAUUUGAGUGGUCAUAAUGCAAUAUUGAAUUCAUUAGCAGUCAACGCUGAUAAUGUUCUUGUUUCGGGCGCUGAUAAUGGUUCAUUGUAUUUUUGGGACUGGAAAACGGGUUAUAAUUUUCAACGUAUUCAUACAAAAGCACAACCGGGUUCAAUUGAACCAGAAAUGGGCAUUUAUGCAAUGACAUUCGAUCACAGCGGAAGUCGUCUAAUUACAUGCGAAGCAGACAAAACAAUUAAAAUAUAUAAAGAAGAUGAGACAGCAUUUCAACAUACGCGUACAAUAGUUUUGUCGUCAAUAAAUAACUAUGGUCGUCCGAUUAAGGGUGGUUUUGGUCAAAAUAAAAAAAUUUAUUAUGAUGAACCAAAACGUCCAUUGAGACCAAAAGAAAGUAGAUCGUUACGUUAUACAGCAUUAGAGGAAGUUAAGAUGGAAAAAGAUCAACAUUCUCUAAUUGAGCCGAUGAUUGAUCGAACAAAACCGCCUCAUAAAUUUCAUGUUGUACAUAAAAUUGACUCGCUAUUUGGAGAACCAUGGUGGGUUAGAGCAGCAAUGCAAGAAUUAGGAUUUAUUAUUGAUAAUAAAAAGCAAUGGGAUAUACGAACAGUCAUUGUAAAAAAUGUUCCAUCUGUUAAUAAACAUUUAUGGUUAUGUAAACAUAUGGUGCAAAUAAAACCAUUGACAUUUGUUGAUGGUUAUCCAAGCGAAAAAGACAUAGGUUUCACAAAGUUAUAUACACAUAAUGGAGAAUUAAGAAUUCUCAAUCAUGUUCCCGGAGACAAAAAUGUAUCAGAUACAAUUGAACCAAAAUGGCCAAUUGAAUUUGGACAUAUUGGAGCGAGGUUGCAUCGUGACCAUUCAGCAAGUCGUUUACAUAAAGAAUAUUUUCCAACAAAAUAUGACUAUGAAUUUGAUCAAGAUAAACCAGGUGUCAAAAUUAUACCACCAGUAAAUCCUGAUCAUCCAGAUACGCAUUUGGAAGAAGUAUGA